GCGCGUGCCCCGCAGCGCGCAGCCGCAGCGCCACCAGCAUGCGCGCCGAGGCCCGCGGCGGCCUGGAGCGCUUCUGCAGCGCGGGCAAGGGCCGGGGACUCCGCGCACUGCGACCCUUCCACGUGGGCGACCUCCUCUUCUCCUGCCCGGCCUACGCCUGCGUGCUCACCGUGGGCGAGCGGGGCCACCACUGUGAGUGCUGCUUCGCCAGGAAAGAAGGACUGUCGAAAUGCGGACGAUGCAAGCAGGCGUUUUACUGCGAUGCAGAAUGUCAGAAGGAAGACUGGCCUCUGCACAAGCUGGAGUGCUCAUCCAUGGUUGUUUUCGGGGAGAGCUGGAAUCCUUCGGAGACGGUGCGGCUCACAGCCCGGAUCCUGGCCAAACAGAAAAUCCACCCGGAGAGGACACCUUCAGAGAAACUGUUGGCCGUGAAGGAGUUUGAAUCCCAUCUGGACAAGCUGGACAAUGAGAAGAAGGACCUGAUCCAGAGUGACAUCGCGGCUCUCCAUCAGUUCUACUCCAGACACCUGGAGUUCCCCGACCACAGCAGCCUCGUGGUUCUCUUCGCCCAGGUGAACUGUAAUGGCUUCACCAUUGAAGAUGAAGAGCUCUCUCAUUUGGGAUCGGCGAUAUUCCCUGAUGUCGCGUUGAUGAACCACAGCUGCUGCCCUAAUGUUAUUGUGACCUACAAAGGGACCGUGGCAGAAGUCAGAGCCGUACAGGAGAUCCACCCAGGAGAUGAGGUGUUCACCAGCUAUAUUGACCUGCUGUAUCCAACAGAAGACAGGAACGACCGGCUAAGAGACUCCUAUUUCUUCACCUGUGAGUGCCGGGAGUGUACCACCAAGGACAAGGACAAGGCCAAGGUGGAAAUCCGGAAGCUCAGCAGUCCACCACAGGCAGAAGCCGUCCGAGACAUGGUCAGAUACGCGCGCAACGUCAUUGAGGAAUUCCGAAGGGCCAAGCACUACAAAUCCCCUAGUGAGCUGCUGGAGAUCUGCGAGCUUAGCCAGGAGAAGAUGAGCUCCGUGUUUGAGGAUAGCAAUGUGUACAUGCUGCAUAUGAUGUACCAGGCCAUGGGCGUCUGCCUGUACAUGCAGGACUGGGAAGGAGCCCUGAGGUACGGACAGAAGAUCAUCAAGCCCUACAGUAAGCACUACCCUGUGUACUCCCUCAAUGUGGCCUCCAUGUGGCUAAAGCUGGGAAGACUGUACCUGGGCCUGGAGAACAAGGCUGCUGGGGAGAAGGCUCUGAAGAAGGCCAUUGCCAUCAUGGAAGUAGCUCACGGGAAGGACCAUCCAUACAUCUCCGAGAUCAAGCAGGAAAUCGAGAGCCACUGACUGCACCCCAGCUUUUCUUCAGGAACCUCAUAGGACUUGAAUAUUUGUAGCCUCACGGGUCACCCCAGCCUUCCGCAAAGCCUUGCCUGUGCCACUGUUUCAGGUUCACGUUCAGCUCUGACCUUAAAUCCAUCUCCAGUGCGUUCCUUUUUUUUUUUUUUUUUUUUUUUUAAGGUCAUAGCAUGACUUCAUGAACUACAGAUUUGGGGCAGACUGAGCUUUAAAAUCACAAUUAUUUUUCCUCCGUGCCUGUUGGAAUGUUCUGCAUAGAGUCGAAUGAGAAAAGAAUAAAAGAGCCAGGCCUUGAAAGUGUUUCUCACAUCUCUGAGGAUGCGCUCGUGUGCGUAUGUGCACAUGUGUGUACGCAUACAAGCAUGCAUGUGUGCUGGGGAGGCUUCUUCUCCUUCAGUCCUUGAGUCCAGUUCUUUGCCCGCGAGUGGGGUUGUCUUCUUUGGUCUGCAGUUCCUUUCACAUUAGACUCUGGAGGGAGAGGGGCAGGAGGGAAGGCGCUAGAAGCAGCCAGCCAGCCUAGGUGCCCUCCCUGGAAGGAGGACUUGGCCUCUUCCCGGCUUCUCUUUGGCACCUUCUGGAGAUUCUGAGCAAUGGAGGCUGCAUCUUCCUGCCAUUUCCUCUCUUGUUCCAUGGACUAGCCCCUGUGCAUUCCUCUCCUGUUCUGGAAAGACUCCAGAGUAAACUUGAGGAAGAAGAACUAAUUCCUUACCAACCCUUUGUUGUAAGCAAACACUGGUCUCUACCCCCACGCCAGCAGGUGUCCAGCUCCUCCCAGCCUGGCCACCAGGACCACAGCAGCCUGAGCCUGUUAGCAGUCCCUAAGCUGAGGGCAGGGAUGGUACUCACAGAAAAGUCUCUGCACCCCACAGAGUGCCAGUUCCCCACUGGAUGACAAGUAGAACUUAAUGGAGGUGCCCUCUGGCUGGCUGUCACAGUCCCCUUGGGGAAAUGGCUUGAGUGACUGGCCAGCACCAGUGUGUCCCCCUCCCGUCCAUCUACAUGUGGAGGGCUCUCAGUCACCACACAGUGGGAUUGAGCUGGUGGAAUACAGUAGUCUGCGGAGUCAUCCGGUGACCCUCUCCUGGAUGCAGAGCACGCUUACCCCUCCAGCGCAUGAGGCAGAGACAGUCCUCUUCUUCCCGUCGAGGCUCGGUGUUCUAAGAGUGCUCUUUUAGCGGAUAGCCGUGGCUGAGCCUCACGCGAGCUUGAAAGGUUUCAGUGUCUCAGGAAAUUAGAAAAGUGUGCUCCAGCCUGGAGGAGACACCGCUGGUCAGGUCUGUCCAUCUUCCCCAGAUACAGAAGCAAACCCAAGCUGCUUAGCUUAACAGUGGGCACCUUUUCCUGCACUUAGUAAUUAAUUGUUCCCAACCUUAAGAGUAUAAGAGUGCAGAUGUCCUGAUUGCCUCGGGACACUUGCUUUCAUGGGUAUGUGUUUUGCUCGCUCGCUCUCUCUCUCUGUGCCCCCCCCCCCCCCCCGCUCUCUCUCUCUCUCUC